GAGAAAUCUGAGCUAUCAAAGAAAUUACUGCUGCUUUUACUACUAACUAAUUCGACGGUCCCAGGAAGCUUCUUCAAUGGCUGAUAGCCUCGUGAUGAUGAAAACCUGCUAAGGAAUAAUCCUCUGUUUCUCCCCUCCUUCUCUCUCUCCGUCUCCGCCAUCAAAAUGCGCUCCAAGGACAGAAUCUCCUACUUUUAUGACGGGGAUGUGGGAAACGUAUACUUUGGGCCGAACCAUCCGAUGAAGCCGCAUCGCUUAUGUAUGACCCAUCAUUUAGUUCUCGCCUAUCAACUCCACAAGAAGAUGGAAGUUUAUAGGCCGCACAAAGCGUAUCCUGUGGAGCUAGCGCAGUUUCAUUCGGCUGAUUAUGUGGAGUUUCUGCAUAGGAUUACUCCCAGCACUGAGCAUUUGUUCCCUAAUGAAUUGGCGAAGUAUAAUCUCGGCGAAGAUUGCCCUGUGUUCGAAAACUUGUUUGAGUUUUGCCAAAUUUAUGCUGGAGGAACAAUAGAUGCAGCACACAGAUUGAAUAAUGAGCUUUGUGACAUUGCCAUAAACUGGGCUGGUGGAUUGCACCAUGCCAAGAAGUGUGAGGCAUCUGGAUUUUGUUACAUUAAUGAUCUAGUUCUUGGAAUCUUGGAGCUUCUUAAGCAUCAUGCCAGAGUGCUGUACAUUGAUAUUGAUGUGCAUCAUGGGGAUGGUGUAGAAGAGGCCUUUUACUUCACUAAUAGGGUUAUGACUGUUAGUUUCCACAAGUAUGGCGAUAUGUUUUUUCCUGGAACUGGUGAUGUCAAGGAAAUUGGAGAAAGAGAAGGAAAAUUUUAUGCCAUCAAUGUCCCUCUCAAGGAUGGAAUAGAUGAUAACAGCUUUACUCGACUCUUCAAAACCAUUAUUUCGAAGGUUGUUGAAACAUACUUACCUGGGGCAAUUGUUCUCCAAUGUGGGGCAGAUUCUCUCGCAGGGGAUCGUUUGGGCUGCUUCAACCUUUCUAUAGAUGGGCAUGCUGAAUGCGUUCGUUUUGUGAAGAAAUUCAAUUUGCCCCUUCUGAUAACUGGGGGUGGAGGAUACACCAAAGAGAAUGUUGCUAGAUGCUGGGCUUUUGAAACUGGAGUUCUUUUAGACAUGGAGCUUCCUAAUGAGAUCCCAGAAAAUGAUUACAUCAAAUUUUUUGAACCAGACUAUUCGCUGAAGAUUCCUGGUGGACACAUAGAAAACCUUAAUAGCAAGUCCUAUCUUGGCACAAUAAAGAUGAAUGUACUGGAAAAUUUCACUGUACGCUGUAUCCAGUACAUGAUUGGACGAAACUUGUCUUCCAUUUUGCAGGUACCUCCAGAUUUUUACCUGCCUGAUUUUGAUGAAGAUGAGCAGAAUCCUGAUGAACGCAUGGAUCAACAUACCCAAGACAAGCAAAUCCAGCGUGAUGAUGAAUAUUAUGAUGGUGACAAUGACAAUGAUCAUAACAUGGAGGAUAUGUGAUGUGUAAAUUGUAGAAUUAACUGUAGGAACUUUCUAUUCUUUUGGGAGGAUUAGGUGUCAGCUCGGGAAGAGGCAUUCACAGAAGAUAGAUGUUAGGUUCCUCAGACGUGCUAGGGAUGGUGGAGCAUUCCACCUGUUCUUUUGUUUGUUCUGUGCGCAACGUUCUGUAAAUUAUCCAUGCCUUUGUAAUUCUUAUGCUGCAAGUAUUGACAGGUUGAGAUGGGUAGGUAAUUCUCAUGCCUUUGCUGUAAUUGGAGGAAGCAGUUAAUAGUGACACAAUAUGUUAAUGCAGUAGUACUAAAGCUUGGUGAUCUUGAACACAGAAUGUGAAUCUAUAUGUUGAUGUCCAUAAGACCAA